AUAGCCUCUCUUUGUGUCAACACUUUUCUUCCAUGCUAUUGUCUAUUAAUACACCACUUGUUCUAUAAAUAUAUCCACCUCGUAACCCUCAUUGCCUUUCUAGCUUAUCCACAGAGAGAGAGAGAGAGAGAGAGAGAGAGAGAGAGAGAGGGUGGCCAUGUCUCUUGCCUACUGUGUUACGGAGCAGAAGCCUUGUGUUGGUUGGGUUGAGAAAUAUUUCAAAGAUUGUCUUUGUAAUCUAAGAGAUGAUUUUUCUUUUGGUUUUGGUCUCAUUAGUUUAGUUUGUUGGGGAGUUGCAGAGAUCCCUCAAAUCAUCACCAACUUCAGAACUAAGUCCAGCCAUGGAGUCUCCCUUCUUUUUCUCCUCACUUGGGUUGCUGGAGAUGUUUUUAAUCUUGUGGGCUGCCUUCUGGAGCCAGCAACGCUGCCCACCCAGUUCUAUACUGCCCUGCUUUACACUGUAAGCACAGUAGUGUUAGUGUUGCAAGGUUUCUACUAUGAUCACAUCUACAAGUUGUGGAAAUGGCAGAGAGCUGAUGCUGACCAACAGGCUGUGGAUGAUGAUAAAAAACCACUGAAACCCAAGUCAGCUGGCUCAGCGAUUCCAAUACCCACUGCCUCGCCUAGAGCAACUCCUCGUAGGGAGUAUUAUUACACUUCAGCUAGAUCUAUGGCAAGCAGUGGUACUCCACCAUUUCGAAGUUACCUUAGAGCUGCCAGAAGCGGCCCUUCUGCAAUGGGACUUGACCAUGAAUCAUCCUCAGAUGAUGAGGCAGCUUCUGUUCCAUCUAAAUUUGUUAGCCAGCCUAGGCCAAUUCCACGAUCGGCUGGUUAUGGAACAUUUCUAGCCACAUCGCUCAACCUGCCCCUGCACAGCAAGGCUUUGACAGAUGCAUACAUUGGAUUUACUGGUAGAAGGCUUUUACAUGAAGGAGGUGCAAUGGAGCACAGUUCUUUCGGACAGUGGCUGGGAUGGCUUAUGGCAGCUAUAUAUAUGGGAGGUCGAAUCCCUCAAAUCUGGUUAAAUAUCAAAAGAGGGAGCGUCGAGGGCUUAAAUCCCCUAAUGUUCAUCUUCGCACUAGUGGCAAACCUCACUUAUGUUCUAAGUAUUCUUGUUAGAACAACAGAAUGGGACAGUAUCAAAGCUAAUAUGCCAUGGUUGCUAGAUGCUGCAGUCUGCGUCGCACUCGACUUAUUCAUCAUAUUGCAGUACAUCUACUACAGAUACCUUCAUCGAAAAAUGAUGAGCCGUGAAGAAGAAUAUGGAGACUACAUGGAUGCAAACAAGGCAGCUUUAUCUUGAUUCCACAUUGUAUAUUAGUCAAUAAUGAUGAAGAUGUUGUCCUUCCACUUGAGUCUACAGCGGAAGAGAACUUGACAGCCUUUAAUGAAUUCUGCCUGGUGGUUAGCUUUUUAAUGGAUAAGCCUACAAAUUUUGGAGCCAUACGUAAUACUUUGUCAAGUUUAUGGCGGCCAGGGAAAAGGGUCUUCAUGCAAGAAAUUUUGCAGUGCCGUUUUCUUUUUUAGUUCUUCCAUGACGUUGAUUUAAAGUGAGUUUUAGAGGGCUCCCCGUGGACCUUCAAUAAUUCACUUCUCCUUUUACACCAUCUACAGGCUGGUGACAAUCCGAUGGAGGUUCCUUUGCAUGAUGCUAUUUUCUGGAUCCAAGUGCACAACAUCCUGAUUGGUUAUUAUAAUGAAUCUGUUGUUGUGUUACUAGGUAACUUUUUGGGUAAAUUUGUGGCAUAUCACUCGGCUUCCCUCUCAAAAGGGUGGUAGAACUAUUUUCGAAUGCAAGUUUCUGUGGAUAUUAGGAAGCCUUUGAAAAAGAUGAAAAAAAGUUACAACCAAGGAAGGUAAAGAAGUAAAUGUCUCUUUCAAGUAUGAAAAAUUGCCCACUUUUUGCUACAUGUGUAGUCGAAUAGGCCAUUCUGAGUACUUUUGCGAGCUUCUCUUUGAUGCUUUGAUGUCCACAGCUCCUUGUGCAUGGAGUAGUUGGCUACGAGUAGAUACUCAUCAAACUUUUAUUUUGGAUAAUCCAUGGAUUUGAGACAAGUUUGGAGCUGUUGUGAACCAGAAUGUUGUAGGUGGCACAAUGAACAAUGACUCUUUGCAUGUUUUUAAUGAUGUACCUAUGAAAACCAUAGAAGAAAUUGAGGAUCGAACCGAUGGGACGGGAGAGGAGGAUGUUGUCUUUUUGGAGGAUUGUAACAAAUUCCCAAGAACGUUUAUUGAUUCUAUCACACAAGAUGCAGGACAAUAUAGUUCAGGUGAAAUACACCUUGCUAAUGCAUACUUUGUUUCUAACUACAUUGGUGGGUCCUGGUGAUCAAGCUCGCUGGGAUCCUGAUUUGCUUAAGUUGGAAUUGCGGGGUCUUGACAAUUGCCAUAAAAUUCGAACGUUAAAAGGAUUGAUUAGUGCCAACAAACUUGAUGUUAUUUUCCUUUGUGAGACUCUUUGUUCAUGAAAAUAAAAUAAAUGAAAUAAAAGUUCACUUUGGGUA